ACGAAUGAUUUUCCUUGGUUAACAAUAAUUGUUGUUUUUCCAAUAUCUGCUGGUUCAUUAAUGUUAUUUCUCCCGCAUAGGGGAAAUAAAGUCAAUAAAUGGUAUACUAUAUGCAUUUGCAUCUUAGAACUUCUUCUAACGACCUACGCUUUUUGUUAUAAUUUUAAAAUGGACGAUCCAUUAAUUCAACUGUCCGAAGAUUAUAAAUGGAUCGAUUUUUUUGAUUUUUACUGGAGAAUGGGAAUAGAUGGACUUUCUAUAGGAACUAUUUUACUGACGGGAUUUAUUACUACUUUAGCCACUUUAGCGGCUUUUCCAGUUACUCGGGAUUCCCGAUUUUUUCAUUUCCUGAUGUUAGCAAUGUACAGCGGUCAAAUAGGAUCAUUUUCUUCUCGGGAUCUUCUACUUUUUUUCAUCAUGUGGGAAUUAGAAUUAAUUCCCGUUUAUCUACUUUUAUCCAUGUGGGGUGGAAAGAAACGUCUGUAUUCGGCUACAAAAUUUAUUUUGUACACGGCAGGAAGUUCUAUUUUUUUAUUAAUAGGAGUUUUAGGUAUAAGUUUAUAUGGUUCGAACGAACCAACAUUAAAUUUAGAACUCUUAGCUAAUAAAUCCUAUCCUGUUACACUUGAAAUACUAUUUUAUAUUGGAUUUCUUAUUGCUUUUGCCGUCAAAUCACCGAUUAUACCUUUACAUACUUGGUUACCUGACACCCACGGUGAGGCACAUUACAGUACCUGUAUGCUUCUCGCUGGAAUCUUAUUAAAAAUGGGAGCCUAUGGGUUGGUUCGAAUCAAUAUGGAAUUAUUACCCCACGCUCAUUCUAUGUUUUCUCCUUGGUUGUUGGUAGUCGGUACAAUCCAAAUAAUUUAUGCAGCUUCAACAUCUCCCGGUCAACGUAAUUUAAAAAAGAGAAUAGCCUAUUCUUCUGUAUCUCAUAUGGGUUUUAUAAUUAUAGGUAUUAGUUCUAUAACGGAUCCUGGACUUAAUGGAGCUAUUUUACAAAUAAUUUCUCAUGGAUUUAUUGGCGCUGCACUUUUUUUCUUGGCAGGAACGAGUUAUGAUAGAAUUAGGCUUGUUUAUCUUGAUGAAAUGGGUGGAAUGGCUAUCUCCAUUCCAAAAAUAUUUACAAUGUUCACUAUUUUAUCGAUGGCUUCCCUUGCAUUGCCGGGCAUGAGUGGUUUUAUUGCAGAAUUCAUUGUUUUUUUUGGAAUAAUUACCAGCCAAAAAUAUUUCUUAAUUUCCAAAAUUUUCAUUAUUUUUGUAAUGGCAAUUGGAAUGAUAUUAACUCCUAUAUAUUUAUUAUCUAUGUUACGCCAAAUGUUCUAUGGAUACAAGUUAAUUAAUAUCAAAAACUUUUCUUUUUUUGAUUCUGGACCCCGAGAGUUAUUUCUUUCAAUCUCUAUUCUUUUACCCAUAAUUGGUAUUGGGAUUUAUCCUGAUUUUGUGCUCUCAUUAGCAAGUGACAAGGUCGAAUCCAUUUUAUCUAAUUAUUUUUAUGGAUAG